AUGCUGAACUUUGACACUAAGAGCGCCCAUGAAAGGAGGAAGAUGCAACUGCAUGAGCUAGAGGAGAUUAGGCACCUCGCCUAUGAAAACUCAAAACUCUACAAGGAGCGUACCAAAGCCUACCAUGACAAGCGGAUCCUCACUAGGACCUUUGCUCCUAAUGAUCAAGUCUUGUUGUUCAACUCUAGGCUGAAACUGUUUCCCGAUAGGGCUGUUGUGUUGCUGGACACAAACGGAGGAGAAUUUGUGGUGAAUGGACAGAGGCUGAAACCAUAUCUUGCCGCCUCUGAGCACGCAAGGGGUGAAACCUUCGCCCUAGGCGACCCUCCUAUUGCCUAA